AUGAUCAUUUCUAUCGUACGCAUUUUGUUAGCUACGUGGAUGUUCGCAGCACUGGCAGUGGCGCUUUUAAAUGUUCGCAUCACUCGACAAAAUGGGAAUCAAGGAAACGCUCAAGAACUGGAAUGUUUCGGGAACGAUGAGUUUCCACAUGGGUCUCCAGGGUCGCUCGACAGGCUUGAGUACUACUGUACCUACUACUAUGAAUUCUCGGGCGACGACUGUAGGAGCGCGUCCAUGCCGCGUCAAGGACGUGGAGUUGCUGGAGAAGGGAAUAAUGAUGCAUGCGGGCCGUUAUACCCGGUAUCUACGUCGCAGUACAAGAACACAGUGAUCAUUUGUUUCUGCAACUGGCGUAAUUGCAAUACCCGAAAAAAUGUACAGAUGAUGAUGACGGAACCUAUAACAAUAAAAGGUGUUUAUGGGUUUUACUCGACCAUAGACAAUAGAGCCAGGGACUUAUUUCAAUGCAUGAAAGAAAAGUUUGACCAAGCAGUAAAAAAGUCAAAAAAGGGCAGAAAAAAAGACGGAGGAUUGCCUAUUAGCGUGGGACUCUUGGUCGUAAUUAUUGUUGGCAGCGUUCUUCUAAUAGGUACAAUAGUUGUGCUUAUCCCAUUCUUAAGGAAAUGGCACAAAGCUCGACAUAAGAAAUGGCUUGAAGAAACUUGGGAAGAACGUGUGCGACAAGCUGCCAAGGAGCUUAACGUUCAAAAUAGCAAGGAAACCGGCGAAACGGAAAAAGCAAAGUACGACAAAAAGACAAGAGCAGGACGAAAAGCACUCAAAACGUUGAUUGAAUCUAAAGAAGGAUCGAAAGAAUCGCAAGAAAAGGGAUCGAAAGACGACCUGUUUCCAAUGGCAAUAGGACCGAACGAACAGAGACCAUCAGCAGAAAAGUUUUCUGCGGAACCAGCAAAAGGUUCAGCAGAAGCAGGCGGCUUUCCUGAGAGAGGCUUUGGUGGAUUUGGUGCUCCUGUGGGUAGAGGCUUUUCAAAUGAAGCUCAGGGGAUGGGUGUGCAGUAG